CAAUCUCUCUCUAUGUUGGGGACACUGAUGACCUUUAUAGUUUUUUAAGUUUUUGACUUGAAACUUUUGGAUCAGCCUUUAGAUGAACUACAAGUUGGCAGCUGGCCACUACAUGUUGGCCAUUAAACAAAUGAGCAGGAGGAGGUGAAGCCGGAUAAGUGAAUCGAAGUGGGCGAGACCCCCACUGUUUCAGAUUUCAGGACUGGGGCUUGCCUCAGCCACCCAAAAGAAACAACCUUAUGCUACUUGCUAAUAACAAAGUCUCUGAUGAUGGGAGCUCAGCACAGUCCCUUCAUGAGGGGCAAGCCAUGGUGGACUCCCUCACGAAGGUGGUGGCAUGUUACCGGCACCUGGCCUCCUGUGUUGGUGGCUGUACAGACAGUAAAAGUCUGCGUCGUGAGCUGCAGCAGACCCGUGAGCGUGCUCAGACGCUCACACUGUCCUGUCGCAACCACCUAACAGCCCGACUGAGGGAUAAAACCCUGUCUGAUGAGGAAAGGAAGGUGACAGAGCUGCAAUGGGUGGCCUUCUCCUCAUGCUUAGAGCUUUUUUAUACAGACAUGUGUAAAGUUUUUCACAUGGGCAACUGUUUCUCGUUGGCCAACAACAGUGCCACGGUGCAGACAGGAAUACAGGGAGGUACAAAAGAAGUAGCAGCUCGUGCUCUGAGCGUGCCUGAUCUGCAGGAGGAGCAUGGAGAGCAGACGGUCAGUAUGGAGGGCCUUGAGCAAAGCCAGCUGGAGCAGGAGAUUGCGCAGGUGGACCGCACCCUGGAAGACAUGGAGAUGAAGGUGAACGUGUUGCGCUGGACAGUGGAAGCACGAGGUCCACAGUACGGUGACCCGGUCAGCACUGACAGCGCUUCACUGGGGCUCCUGUGCACUGAUGAAGAGGCACAGGCACAGUUCUGUGACCGGAGCCAGAUGUUUGUGGUGAUGCUGUUAGGUGGAGUGGCAGCCAUUGCUGUGGCGUUGUCAGUGUGUGUAGUGUUCUUGGUCUGAAUCUUGGAGAGCCUUGAAAUCUCCAGAAUGUUCCAAAGCCAACAAUGACUGUU